CUGCGACUGUUUACGUUAAAGAUCCCAUCGAUCGUCUUCUCCAAAAUUUCUCCACAAACCCUAGCAUAAACGGCCAGGGAAAAGAGAAAUUUGAAUAAAUUAAGAGAAGGUAUCAAGUGAUUCUUUCUCUUUGGAGGUUUUCGAUCCGAAUCAAGCUCAGGGUUUUAUCUCUGGAUUAAUUCGAAAUGGCGGAAGCUGUUGAACAGCCCGUUUCUGCUCAAAUGGUUGGGAAUGCUUUUGUUCAGCAGUAUUACCAAAUACUCCAUCAAUCGCCGGCGCUUGUUCAUCGAUUUUAUCAAAAUAUUAGCCAACUUGGUCGUCCUGCUGACGAUGGAACCAUGACCGUUACUACCAAUAUGGAGGCUAUUAAUGAGAAGAUAUUGUCAUUAAACUAUAAUGAAAUCAGACCCGAGAUUAAGACUGUGGAUGCACAAGAAUCUUAUAAUGGCGGUGUUCAUGUCCUUGUAACGGGUUGUCAUGAGGGGAAUGACAACUUGAUUCGGAAUUUUACUCAAAGCUUUUUCCUUGCACCGCAAGAGAAAGGCUACUUUGUUUUCAGUGACAUGUUCCGUUACAUAUUGGAUGUAAAUCAUGUUACUGAAAUCAAUGUGUCUUCAAAUAAUGAGGAGGCUACAUUAACUCCAAGUGAAGAUUCUUCUCCUGUAGAGAAUGGAGAAAUUGAAGUUCCAAUAAACGAUGACAAGGAGAUUUCCAUUGACGCUGCUGAUAAUAGAGAAGUAGUGGUUGUUGAGGAGGAGGCUGUCCCAGUUUCUGAAGUUGUGGAUGAAGUGCCAGAUGAGUCUCGGGAGAAGGUUGAACCUGACACCAAAGUUGAAGAUGUCCCAAAGAAGUCGUAUGCUUCCAUUGUCAGGAUCAUGAAGGAAAGUAAAGCACCUAUUACAUCUCCUCCUCCUGCUGCUCCUCGUCGAAACUCACAUAGGAUCCAAGAAAAGCAUGUGAACCAUGUACAAGCAUCAGUUCCAGCAACUGAAGUUCCCUUAUCUGGACCAGAUGCUACUGAAGAUGGGAAUAACCAAGAGGCCGAAGGUGAUAGUUGCUCAAUCUAUAUAAAGGGACUCCCUUUUAAUGCGACCCCUGCCCUUCUCGAAGAAGAAUUCAAGAGAUUUGGAACAAUUAGAAGUGGUGGUAUUCAAGUUAGAAGUAACAAAGUGGGAUUUUGUUUUGGCUUUGUGGAAUUUGAGGUUUCAAAUGCUGUUGUAAAAGCACUUGAGGCUUCCCCGAUAAUGAUUGGUGGACGUCAGACUUUUGUUGAGGAAAAGCGAUCUCCAUAUAAUUCCCGUUUGAAUAACAACAGGGUAGGUCGAUUUCAAGGAGGUAGAGGUGGAGGUGGAGGGUCUGGAUUUAAGAACGAGGGACCAAGAGGAGGAGCUGGUGGCGGCAGAGGAGGUUAUUUCAAUGGGAGAAGUGAUUUUGUGAAUAAGGGAGGAAAUGGAAAUCGCGGGGGAGGUUUUUCAAACCGGGGUGGUAGUGGUGGACCAGCAGCAGCAGCUAGAGCCACCACACCACGCAUUUCUGCAACAGCUUGAAAGGAAAUAGAGGUGGUUAGGGUUUUAGGGUCAAGUUUGAUUUUUUAGUGAGAAUUUAAAUGGUGUAGUUAGUUAGGAGGCAUUUUCACGAGUUUUUUGAGUUUUUUUUCCUUGCAAUUUAUUUUGAUUAUAUAGACAAAACAAGUCUCAUUCAUUAGUUUAUACUGAAAACUCAUUCAUAAUUAUGUGACUUUU